AUGAAAACAUUUGGCAAGGUGUUUCGUACAACUUCUAACUGGAAGCAACAGAUGUACCAGUUCCUGCGAAACUAUCGAGCAACUCCUCAUUGUACUACUGGUGUCGAUCCUGCCACUACCCUCUUUAGAAGACCAAUCAGGAUCAAGCUGCCCUGCCCUUUGCUGUUCCAUGUGAGUCAAACUUGAAACCUGCACUAAUGCGUGAGCAUGAUGCCCGCCAGAAACUCAAGAUGAAGACCCUCGCUGAGAGCAGGAGACCUAUUAAGGAUUCUGACAUACACGUUGGAGAUACUGUGUUGGUAAAACAACCAAAUACGGGGAAGUUCUCCUCACCAUACCAUCCGGUACGACCAAAAGUCAUAAAAAAGAACCACAGUAUGCCGACGGCUGAAGGAGGCGACCGAAGUGUGACUUGCAAUUCUUCCCAUUUUAAGAAGCUUCACAAAGACCAUGCAGAUCCAGUAUCAGUUGAC